GGCUGGACCAGGAUGGUGUGACCGGCGCGGCCCUGGCCACGCAGACCCGGCUCGACGCUCCUCGCCCGCUCGCGCAGCGGAGCCGAGCCCCACACGGCCGCUCCAGGAGAGGGCGCGCGGCUCGGGAAGCUGCCAUGGACCGCGGCGGCCCCGCGGGCAGCCCCCUGGUCGCCAGCAACGAGUCUUCGCCCCCGGCUGCCGCCACCUGCGACUCCAGCCCGGGGCGGACCGGGCCGGGGCCGGCGGGCCCCAACGGCGGUGCUCGCGCGGGGGGCGGGCGGCCGGCGGCAGCGAACGCGGCGCGGGAGCGCAGCCGCGUGCAGACCCUGCGGCACGCCUUCCUGGAGCUGCAGCGCACGCUGCCGUCGGUGCCGCCCGACACCAAGCUGUCCAAGCUGGACGUGCUGCUGCUGGCCACCACCUACAUCGCGCACCUCACCCGCAGCCUGCAGGACGACGCCGAGGCUCCUGCCGACUCCGGGCUUGGCGCCCUGCGCGGCGACGGCUACCUGCACCCUGUUAAGAAAUGGCCCAUGCGAUCAAGAUUAUACAUUGGUGCUACUGGUCAGUUUCUGAAGCAUUCUGUCUCUGGAGAAAAAGCAAAUCAUGGCAAUACUCCAACAGACUCACAGCCUUAG